AUGCAAUGGAGGUCAAUAGUGGUUGCUCUCGUCGUGCUCAGACUCGCUGUAAGUUGUCUGCUAUGGCUAGCGUUUGGACUGGGACCAAGCUGGGGAUUCAACUUCCCCCUUAAUUUCAAUUUCCACAAAAUAGAACUGUUUAAGCAAGAUGAUGGGGCAUCCGCAAAGGCCAAUUCCUGGUCACAACGAAUACACGGCCAUAGAGACGCACAAAGCAGGACAUCUUGUGCCAGUAAAGAGGACUCACCUAAGAAGUCUUACCUUAGCCUCUUUGAGGGGGACAGGGACGAGUAUGACAGGAGAUAUAGUUCCUUCCCGGACACACUCAAGUUAAAGAUGAAAGGCAUGGCCAAAGACAUGUUCUACUUUGGAUAUGACAACUACAUGAAAUAUGCCUUUCCUGAGGAUGAGCUGAAUCCCAUUGACUGUCAAGGGAGAGGGCCUGACGUUCUCAACCCGUGAGUCAUAUAUUGCCCGAUAUAGCUAGGCCUAGAACCAGUCUGGUAACACGCUCGUGCAAUUGAUUAUUAGGCUGCGGGUAUGUGUGUGCACGAUAACUUGCUGGAUUGAAUGAUUGAUGUAAUAGGUUGGUAGACUACCCUGUUUUACUAGCUGAAAGGUGUGUCAACUGUCAAUUCAACAUUUCCAUUCUGACUGAUGUCUGGGUGUAAUUUGCAUCGAUCUGUCAUGCAGGACUUGUUAACAGAUCUGGUUAAAUAUCUAAAUAAAUACAGUUACAGUAAGGCUUCUAUUUGCCUGGAGACCAGGCAAGGGUUCUAUUUGCCUUUAUAUACCGGGUAGUUUGGAUACUGUGUGCUGAUUUGGCUAAAACAGCAUUCAGGUGUGUGUAUGUGGGACCAUAUACCAUUGACUUUUAGCCUUUUCACCUUGACAUUCUUUCAAAUCUGAUAACAAAAGGCACAAAGAAAAGGCUCAACUGGGCGAAACUUCAUCUCUCUCUAGCUGAAACGGUCAAUCCAUUUAACUUGUUCAACUUGUGAUCAAGUUGAAUGUGUCCCAUUAUUAAUAACUUGGUGCUUGCAAUAUAGCCUACAUAUACAUGCCCUCGGUUAUUGUCAAGCCUGUUAUCUUUUUCAUUGCUGUUUUUUCAGGUCAAACAUCAACAUCAAUGAUGUUUUGGGAAACUAUUCCCUGACACUCAUUGACACCCUUGACACAUUACUGGUAAGCAGUCUUAUUCUGUAUUCCUGUUUUAUUUCUGUGGGCUUUUAGCGGAAUGGUAGUGCUAAAACGGUUUACUGUCAAGGGUCUUUUCAAUGAUCCUGAUAAUGUUUCUCGUUCCAGGUACUGGGGAAUGUGUCAGAGUUUCACAGAGCUGUGAAGUUGGUGAUAGACACAGUGUCUUUCGACAAGGACUCCACUGUGCAAGUGUUUGAGGCUAACAUCAGGUAUACAUGUAAUUCCUUUCUAAUAUUGAGUUGCCGCUAGCGUUUCAGUAAACCACAAAGAACAUUUUGUCGUCUUUCCAAGUGCCAAAAAAAAGCUAUGCAAGUGUUGUGAUUGUAGAUUAGGUAUUGGUUAAGUGUUGUAUUGUUUAAAGUAGUACAAGGGUAGCUCUUACCUAGUGGUAGGAGCAGAGUUCAAUGCAUUUCUCUGAACCAUAUCUAAAUGCAUAACCAAGGACUACCUUCUAACAUCGCUUGAUGGUUGUCUCAUUCAUUCAUUCUUUGUCCAUCAAGGAUCCUGGGUAGCUUGAUCUCUGCUCACAUCCUCCUGACUGACCCUAAGCAUCCCUUCGGCAACGUGGGUCUGGAGGACUAUGACAAUGAGCUACUGCACCUGGCCCACGACCUGGCGGUACGCCUGCUGCCAGCCUUCGAGAACACCAGCACAGGCAUUCCCUACCCCAGGGUAAGAGGAGAGGAGAGUUGCAUAGUUAAUGGCCUGGGUUCCUAAGCGAUUUGACAGUCCUGGUUUCGUAGACGGGGGAAAUACUAAACAGGGGUGGAGGGAGAUCUAAGACCAUUAAACAACAACAGCGGUCCACUAUGUCUCAUUGACAUUUACUUCACCUGUUGUUUACAAUAUAUUACGAGUACAACUAAGCCCUUUUGAAAUGACUGUAAUGUUCUUCAGUGACUGAUCGCCCUGUCACUUAAUUUCCUCAGGUGAAUCUGAAGAGUGGUGUCCCUCCAGACAGCAUCAAUGAGACUUGCACAGCAGGCGCUGGCUCCCUGCUGGUGGAGUUUGGCAUUCUCAGCCGUCUGAUUGGAGACUCCACGUUUGAGUGGGUGGCCAGACGGGCUGUCCGAGCCCUGUGGAAACUGAGGAGCAAUGAGACGGGCUUGCUAGGUGAGUAGAUAUAUUUUUUGUAGUCUGUUUGUACGUAGAUGUUUGCUCAUGUGUAGCAGCAUCCUUCCCUCUUGUUGUAUAUCAAAUGGUUACCUCUUCUCUUUAACUCUCAGGGAACGUGGUGAACAUCCAAACGGGACAGUGGGUUGGCAAGCAGAGUGGCCUGGGAGCAGGGAUGGACUCCUUCUACGAGUACCUGCUCAAGUCUUACAUCCUGUUUGGAGAGAAAGAGGACUACCGGAUGUUCCAAGCUUCUUAUGAGAGCAUCCAGAUCCACCUGAGAAGAGGGUUAGUCCUAUGUUUGAAUUGACUUGAUAGUAUGUAUGUAUGUAUGUAUGUAUGUGUGUGUGUGUGUGUGCACACAAUGUUCUAUUGAGUGUGUGUUGGUAUAAUGGUAAUGUGGUGGCAUGUUGUUUAGUGUUGAUCUAUGCUCUGUAAAAGUAAUGUGUGUGUGAUGAUGUCGACUGAGAACCUUCUCCCCUGUUGACCUGCAGGAGGGAGUCAUGUAACGAGGGAGAAGGGGACCCUCCACUCUACGUAAAUGUGAACAUGUUCAACGGCCAAAUCAUGAACACCUGGAUCGACUCCCUGCAGGCCUUCUUCCCUGGCCUCCUGGUAGACUCCUCUCUCUCUGGGAAUGGGGAGCCGCACAACCCUGCAUAUGUCCUCAGUCAACAUUGUCCCAAUAAAUGUUGUAUGUUCAUCCUGACAGUGUUAUUACUGUUUGUGAUGAUGAUGUUUUCCCUGUUUUGAUCUCUGACCUUGUGUUGUACACCUCAGGUAUUGAAUGGUGACGUGGAGGAGGCCAUUUGCCUGCAUGCAUUCUACUACGCCAUCUGGAAGCGCUUCGGGGCCCUGCCGGAGAGGUACAACUGGCAGCUACAGGCACCUGACGUGCUCUUCUACCCCCUGAGGCCAGAACUGGUGGAGUCCACCUAUCUCCUGUACCAGGUACCAGUGCUUAACAUUCAUUUGAGACCGUAUUUGAAACACAAUGCUUGUCUGUUUUAUGUUAUGAGCUGCUUUGAGUGAGCUAUUUCAUUUCCCCUCACAGGCAACCAAGAAUCCUUUCUAUUUGCAUGUUGGAAUGGAUAUCCUAGAGAGCCUGGAAAAAAAUGCCAAAGUCAGGUAUGAGUCGGAUCUUGGAAAAACACAACUUUAGGGUGUUUUAGGAUGUCUGGUUCUACUGAUGUUACGCCACACCUGGGUUCCCUAAACUGAUGUGUGUAUUUGACAGGUGUGGGUAUGCCACUCUCCACCACGUGGUGGAGAAGUCCAAAGAGGAUCGCAUGGAGAGCUUCUUCCUCAGCGAGACCUGCAAAUACCUUUACCUGGUAUGUACAUGUACUGUCUGAAAGUACCUUUACCUGGUAUGUUCAUGUACUGUCUGAAAAUACCUUUACCUGGUAUGUACUUGUACUGUCUGAAAAUACCUUUACCUGGUAUGUUCAUGUACUGUCUGAAAAUACCUUUACCUGGUAUGUACCUGUACUGUCUGAAAAUACCUUUACCUGGUAUGUACCUGUACUGUCUGAAAAUACCUUUACCUGGUAUGUACCUGUACUGUCUGAAAAUACCUUUACCUGGUAUGUACAUGUACUGUCUGAAAAUACCUUUACCUGGUAUGUACCUGUACUGUCUGAAAAUACCUUUACCUGGUAUGUACCUGUACUGUCUGAAAAUACCUUUACCUGGUAUGUACCUGUACUGCCUGAAAAUACCUUUACCUGGUAUGUACAUGUACUGUCUGAAAAUACCUUUACCUGGUAUGUACAUGUACUGUACUGCCUGGAAAAUACCUUUACCUGGUACAGUGCCUUGCAAAAGUAUUCAUCCCCUUUGGCGUUUUUCCUAUUUUGUUGCAUUACAACCUGUAAUUUAAAUGGAUUUUUAUUUGGAUUUCAUGUAAUGGACAUACACAAAAUAGUCCAAAUUGGUGAAGUGAAAAAAAUUACUUUUUUCAAAAAAUUAUAAAAAAUAAAUAACAGAAAAGUGGUGCGUGCAUAUGUAUUCACCCCCUUUGCUAUGAAGUCCCUAAAUAAGAUCUGGUGCAACCAAUUACCUUCAGAAGUCACAUAAUUAGUUAGAUUGCACACAGGUGGACUUUAUUUAAGUGUCACAUGAUCUCAGUGUAUAUACACCUGUUCUGAAAGGCCCCAGAUCUGCAACAUCACUAAGCAAGCGGCACCAUGAAGACCAAGGAGCUCUCCAAACAGGUCAGGGACAAAGUUGUGGAGAAGUACAGAUCAGGGUUGGGUUAUAAAAACAUAUCUGAAACUUUGAACAUCCCACAGAGCACCAUUUUAAAUCCGUUAUUAAAAAAUGGAAUGAAUAUGGCACCACAACAAACCUGCCAAGAGGGGGCCGCCCACCAAAACUCACGGACCAGGCAAGGAGGGCAUUAAUCAGAGCGGCAACAAAGAGACUAAUGAUAACCCUGAAGGAGUUGCAAAGCUCCACAGCAGAGAUUGGAGUAUCUGUCUAUAGGACCACUUUAAGCCAUACACUCCACAGAGCUGGGCUUUAUGGAAGAGUGGCCAGAAAAAAGCCAUUGCUUAACACCAUCCCCACAGUGAAGCGUGGUGGCAGCAUGAUGCUGUGGGGAUGUUUUUCAUCGGCAGGGACUGGGAAACAGGUCAGAAUUGAAGGAAUGAUGGAUGGCGCUAAAUACAGGGAAAUUCUUGAGGGAAACCUGUUUCAGUUUUCCAGAGGACAAUGACCCUAAGCAUACUGCUAAAGCAACACUCGAGUGGUUUAAGGGGAAACAUUUAAAUGUCUUAGAAUGGCCUAGUCUAAGCCCAGACCUCAAUCCAAUUGAGAAUCUGUGGUAUGUCUUAAAGAUUGCUGUACACCAGCGGAACCAAUCCAACUUGAAGGAGCUGGAGCAGUUUUGCCUUGAAGAAUGGGCAAAAAAUUGUUAUGCAUGCUCAAGUUUUCAGUUUUUUUGUUUUAUUUCUUCUUUGUUUCACAAUAAAAACUAUUUUGCAUCUUCAAAGUGGUAGGCAUGUUGUGUAAAUCAAAUGAUACAAACACCCCAAAAAUCAAUUUUAAUUCCAGGUUGAAGGCAACAAAAUAGGAAAAAUGCCAAGGGGGGUGAAUACUUUCGCAAGCCACUGUACUGCCUGGAAAAUACCUGUACUGUAUGCCUGCAAAUACCUUUACCUGGAAUGUACUGUACUGUCUGAAAAUACCUUUACCUGGUAUGUACCUGUACUGUACUGUACUGUACUGUCUGAAAAUACCUUUACCUGGUAUGUACCUCUACUGCCUCUUGUCCUGUUGGUCAGAAACCAGAAUGGGCUUUUCUGAGCUAAUAGAACCUGAUUUUCUUCUAGUUAAUCCUAUGACCCUCUCCUUCCAGCUGUUUGAUGACGACAACCCCUUGCACAAAUCCGAGAACAAGUACAUCUUCACCACGGAGGGCCAUGUAGUGCCUAUCGACGAGCGUUUUCGGGAGAAGCAGUGUAACGACCUGUCCCCCUGUGAGAAGGUGGUGACAGACCAGGAAACUUCCAAUGGGCCUUUCUCUAACACUAGCAAUGUAAUGACCUCUGAUAUAUAAAUACAUAUUACAACGACACUGCCUGCAUUAUCAAAUAGAGCAGCUUAAAAUAUACAGUAAUGAAUUACGUACAUUUCUUAAUGCUAAAUAAGCUAAAAUAUGUGAAAUAUGUGGUUAGAUUGCUGAUAGAUGACUUGUGUAUUAUUCUCUGUACAAAUGUUCCACUCUCUGCUUCCUCUCUUCAGUGUGACCGGAUCUCUGAGGAGCGGAGGUAUUCUCUGCCUCUGAAGAGUGUGUACAUGAGACAGAUCGAUCACAUGGUGGGACUGUUUUGA